AUGCCGGUGUCCGCCGAGCAGCUGAUCCAGGAGUUGGAGAUCUUUGGCCUGGACUGCGGGGAGGCUGUCAUCGAGAAAUUGGUAGAACUGUGCGUUGUGUAUGGACAGAAUGAGGAGGGAAUGGCCGGCGAGCUCGUCGCCUUCGUCAGCACGCACAAAGUUAACCUGACCCCGGAGACCCUGAACUCUUUUGAGCAUGAGUUUCUGAGCAAAAGAUUGUCCAAAGCCCGGCACAGUGCAUCCAAGGACAGUGGGCAUGCAGGCACCAGAGACAUCGUUUCUAUCCAAGAGCUAAUUGAAGUGGAAGAAGAAGAGGAAUCCCUCUUGAACUCUUAUACAACACCCUCUAAAGGUUCUCAGAAGCGCUCUAUCACCACCCCAGAAACCCCUCUAACAAAAAGGAAUGUGUCCAUGCGAAGCCCCCAUCAGCUCCUCUCACCCUCGAGUUUCUCUCCAAGUGCUACUCCCUCUCAGAAGUACAGCGCGAGGAGUAACCGUGGAGAAGUGGUCACCUUCUUUGGCUCAGCGCAGGGAGUGUCUUGGUCCGGGAGAGGCGGGGCUGGGAACCUCAGCCUGAAGGUCUUGGGGGACCCAAAGCCACUAACCAGCAGCUACAAAUUUAUGUUUCAGAAGCUUCCAGACAUUCGAGAAGUUCUGACCUGUAAGAUAGAAGAACUUGGCAGUGAACUCCAGGAGCACUACAAGAUCGAGGCUUUCGCCCCUGUUCAAGCCCCAGCACAAGAGCCGGUCACCCUGCUGGGCCAGAUUGGCUGUGAUAGCAACGGCAAGCUCAACUCCAAGUCCGUGAUCCUGGAGGGAGACCGGGAGCAUUCCUCAGGUGCUCAGAUCCCGGUGGAUUUAUCAGAGCUCAAAGAAUACUCUCUAUUUCCUGGACAGGUUGUAAUUAUGGAGGGAAUCAACCCCACUGGCAGAAAACUGGUCGCCACCAAGCUGUACGAGGGAGUACCACUUCCCUUUCAUCAGCCCACUGAAGAAGAUGAUGGAGAUUUUGAACAGAGAAUGGUUCUGAUUGCCUGCGGGCCCUACACCACUUCAGACAGCAUCACAUAUGACCCCCUGCUGGACCUGGUCACUGUCAUCAACCACGACCGGCCCGAUGUCUGCAUCCUGUUUGGACCGUUCCUUGACGCCAAGCACGAGCAGGUGGAGAACUGUCUGCUCACGAGUCCGUUUGAGGAUGUCUUCAAGCAGUGUCUCCGCACCAUUAUCGAAGGGACCAGAAGCUCUGGCUCCCACCUCGUGUUUGUCCCUUCGCUGAGAGACGUGCACCACGAGCCCAUCUACCCACAGCCUCCUUUCAGCUACACGGAUCUGUCCAAAGAAGACAAAAAGCGAGUACAGUUCGUGUCCGAUCCCUGCAGCCUCUCCAUAAAUGGGGCCGUCUUUGGCUUGACGUCCACGGACCUGCUGUUCCACAUGGGGUCGGAGGAGAUCAGCAGUUCUGGAACCUCAGACAGAUUCAGCCGCAUACUCAGACACGUCCUGACCCAGCGGAGCUACUACCCACUCUACCCUCCUCAGGAGGACAUGGCCAUUGACUACGAGCACUUCUAUGCCUACGCCCAGCUGCCUGUCACCCCUGACGUCCUCAUAAUCCCAUCAGAGCUGAGGUAUUUUGUGAAGGACGUCCUCGGCUGUGUCUGUGUGAACCCUGGGCGCCUCACCAAAGGGCAGGUGGGGGGCACCUUUGGUCGACUCUACCUCAAGAGACAGCCGGCAGGUGGAGACAACAGGCAGAGUCCGUGUGUCGCUGUCCAGGUGGUCAGGAUCUGA